GCCUUGCGGUAGGUACAUAUACCUUCCUUCCUUCGUUCCUUCCUUACUUCCUGUCUUCCUUCCUUCAUUGCUCGCCUGUGCCCGGCCUGCGUCGUGCUUGGCAGCCUUUCUUCGCGGUAGAUAAUGGGCUCUUCGUUCCUCGUCACACGCUCUAGAGCCGGUUUGACCUUUGCGUGGGUGGCUCUGUGCAGCGGAGCACACCCUAACCUCCGAUCAUUAGGAGGGGGAGACUUUCGACGAUCAUCACCAGAGCUGUUCGUUAGCGUAUUGUUGCUAUAGUCUAAUUGAUCGCUGCGAUCGAUCGGUCAAAUGCUUGCUUGCUGGCUUGCUGGUUUGCUUGCUUGAUUGAUUGAUUGAUUGAUUGAUUGACUGAGCGAGUGACUGAGCGAGUGACUGAGUGAUUGGUUGAUCAAUGGAUUGGGGAUAAAAUCUGCGUGAUGGGGUUAAGGAGGGGAGGGGACCCAUGAUUAUAAACAUUUAUGGUUUGUGAAGCCGCGACAGUUGGCAUUAAAGCCCGCAUCAUCGAAGGAGGUGUUCGACACUCCUACGUAGGGCUGUGAAGGAACGUUUCCUCGGACUUGCUUGAACCCGCGGUCUUUGCGAAGGAGAGGGGAGGAAAAAAGGGAAGAUUUUGGUACGAGAGUUAUGCGGUGCCGCUCGCGGCGCGAGCUGGGCUUGCUCGUUCAUCAUCAGAUGCCCUGCGAACCUUGAGCGGGCGUAAUGAACUCUGAUGAACAUCCAGUCUAGAUGCAUGUAAGAAAAAAAUGCUCCUUGAUGGGAAAGAGGUGGGUGGUCCGUCGUGCGGACGGUCCUUUGUGAGGCCCUCUUUUGCCCUUGUGCGUAGCACACAGAGGGGAGCUCGCCGGCAGGAAGCGGGGAAAAUACCAAAUACCGACGACGACGCUUGAGCAGCUUUUUGUAGGAUCGCGGGUUUUUUGUUCAGGACGGAGGGGUGCUCGGCGGCAAGAAGGGGAGGAGAGGGGGGGGAAUCACCAACGAAGACACCCACGCAAGCAGGCGAAGGAACGUACGUUCGCAGUCGAAGGCAUGGGGCGGCAGCCUCCGUUGCCGAGUCGAAAAAGGGCGCGGUAUGUGCUGUAUUUUGUUUGUCGGAGGGAGGGGAGAGGUUUCCCUCGGGAAGUCGGUCAUCGUCUCGCUUCAUUUGACAUGCAUAAGAGAAGAAGAGUAUUGGUGGUGUUGUGUUUCGUAGUGGAGGCCAGAGGACGAUCCUGCAUCUGCCCUUGUUUUGCUACUUGAGAACGGUCUACGAUGUGUGUUGGGCUGUGAAGAAGAACGACGUGAUGGGACGUAUGGGACGUAUUCUACAGGUGAUAUGUCAUUGUCAAGGAGAGCACAGCGUGAGGGCAUGGCCUGUCCUGCGGACACGAUGAUCGUAUUACUGUAUGUACACGCAUAUGUGCAUCCUUCUCGGACGGAUAGUGUGACUUGUGCCCCAUGGCCUGAAUGAUGGGCUCUCUCUUCGGGGAUGACCGAUGGACUGAAUGAUGUGCUCUCUCUUCGGGGAUGACCGAUGGACUGAAUGAUGUGCUCUCUCGUCUGGGAUGAUGUGAUUGUGUGUGCCCCACGAGCAUGCUUUUCAUCUGCUACCUCGUCGGUAAGAUGUGCGACGGAGAGUGCUACCAUAGUCAGCUGUGUGCGCAGCGAAGGGACACGCAGUGAGUGCGACAUUGUCAGCUGUGUGUCGUGCCCCACUCGUUUCACGUAUUGGCUUGGGUUCGAUAUUUUGGUCGAAGGGAGGAGUUUUAAAAAUAUACAGUCCGGUUCGGUCCAGUGCGGUUCUUGCUUGCCGUCGGUAUUGCUGCCAACCCUGGUUUCUCUUCAUUUGAACGCUGUAAACGUACACGUUUUUGAAAAUUAAGCAUAUUGAUGAAAUGCACGCAGGCAUUUUGGUGAGAUUCCCCCCACCUCCUGAAGAUUGCACAUGAUUAUUAGAUAAUGAUUGAUUAACGACCUACGUUGCUUCCUUUUGUUCGCGGGCUCGCGCGCUCAUUCUCUCUGCCUGGGGCAUAUGUAUCUCUUGUCGUCGGGUUUUGGUUUCUACUUUUUUCUCCUCUUCUUUCCUUCAUCUGCCCCGCUGGUUGGCUUUGUCUGCUUUCCCCUUUUUGCUCUCCUUCCACGGCUUGGCGCACGGAUUGGAAUGAAAGUUUUGGAGUGUG